GUGGUUGGGUUGAACUGGUACAACAUGCAGGGAGAGCGCUGGAUGGAGCCCCUAGAUGAGUCGGCGGUGGCGCGGGCGCAUAAUGGCGCGGCGCAGCCGCCCCCCCUCGCGGCUUCGGCGCCUGCAGCCUCGGUGAACUCUCCCCGCGGGCCACACCACUACCAUCAGCACCACCGCGGCGGCGGCGGGGGGGGCCGGGUUACCGGCACGGACGUCUGGUAUCAGCAAUUGCUGCAGGCCUACCAGGCGACUGCUGACCGGCUGGCCCGAGGCCUGGGGCUGAAGGUGCUGGGGCAGCAUGGGGCCGAGGAGGUCAGCAGCAGCAGCAACCCGCGUCGUGUCCUUAAGGAAACGCAGGGGCCCGGUUCCGUGAAAUCUUAUGAGGUCUACUCAUCUACGCACCUACGUAAUCCAGAUCAAGCGGGCCGCGGCAUCUCCUCGUCGUGUUGUGCUGCCGCUUCCCUGGAAAGCAUAAUUUGGAUUGACCGGAAGCUUGGCAGCCAGCCGGAGGCCGGGGCUUCCCGGACCUCCGAGCUGGCGUCUGUAAAUAAUACAAUCAUGACGGAAGCAAUAGAUUUAGCGGAGCAGGCGCUAUCAGCAAAGGAGCAAGGAAUAGCUGAGAUCUUAAGGCUUCUUCAGCACCCCGAGGAUCUCAGUCGCCUGGCGGACAUUACAGCUGAAUAUGAGUCACGCCAUCGAACUGCGAAGGCGACCCUGAGUGCCAUGGUUCAGUCACAGGUGGAGGCCACGCGUAUGGGGAUGGACCUACUAGAGCGAGCUCACCGCCAUAUCGUAAAGCUGCAGGCGGCUCUGGAGCGGAUCGACAAUCCGGCGUUAUUUCCAUUCGUCAGCAAUCCCCAAAAUUUCAUCACCAUUAUUACGACCAUCAUCACGAUGCUCGUCCAGGUGUUAUCGGAGAUUGAAGAUAUCGUGGAUCUGCCGUACCGUGCGGAUCGUUGUUGGGAGAUGUUGGAGGCGGAUGAGGCCAACCUGGUCCCGGCCUUCGAGGCGCUGGUGCUCCUGACGGGGACGGCGGAGAACGCAAAACAGGCAUGGCAGAGGUGCGUUCGCAUUGACGCGGAUGCCAAUGUGGUGGUUUCGGAGACAAGAGACUACCUUGGCAAUCUGACGCGGCUUGUACGGAUUGUGGAUCGAGUUGAGGAGGAGGUGGUUGACCCGGAGGAGUUGAGGGGCAUUGAGGUGUUUGAGGAGGACACCCUCCGCAACCUGGGUGUGGAUGAAGACCUUGUACGACUGCCCCCCUCCCCCUUUGCCGACCCGGAGAGGCUCCCCGGCGUGGUGACCCUGAUGGAGAGCUACGUGGGUCGAAUGGCCAAGACGAUGACGGAGUGGUACGUCCGGAUACUUGAUGCGGAUUUGAGGGGCGAGCCGAAACCCGCAGUUGACGGCACGCUGCGCACCCUGGGCGCCAUUGACUUCUUCCGGAUCCUCAACCAGCAAGUAUCCAUCAUUGAGGCGCUGAACGACCACGGGGAGGUGCUGUUCCAGACCGCCCGCACGGCCCUGGACAUCAUGCGGAGCUUCCAGGACACGCAACGGGAGAUCCUUGCCGGACCCAACCGUUCGGGAAGGGGGGGGAGGGGGGAAGGGGGUUUGGAGGGCAGGGGGGAGGGGGGGGUGGCGGGGGGCCGGCCCAUGUCCCUCGAGAUGGCAGUAGCCUUCCUGAAUAACAACUUGACGUGCUACGAUGAGAGCCUGGAGUUCGCGGAGGACGUGCAGCGCCAGCUCAGCAAGGCCUACAGGGAGCGACUGGAUGUGGAGGACGUGUGCCGGGGGUUCCUGGACGUGGCCAAAGUACGGCAGUAUGUGUAUGGGUUGGCGAGUCAACGGGCUGUGCACAUCAUGUUCAACGACCCGGGGCUGUCCAGUCAGGUCAAGAGGCUGUACGGCAACGGCAACGUGGACUACCUUAACGGCCGUACCACCGCCACCCUCAUCGCCACCCUCCGCGACUACUUCUCCGACUUCAAGGUGUGGGUCGCCCCGCCGUACUUGAGGCGGCUGGCGGAGGCGGCUCUGGAGGAGCUUGUACGGCGAGCUGUCAACAUGUUCACCGUGGCGCCUCCGCAGGCUACGGAGGCGCUGGCGAAGCGGAUGGCGGACGACGAGGCGGAUCUGAUGACCUACUUCGAGAGCUACGUGAAGCUGGACCGGCUGCACCGCCACAUCAGCGUCCUCGCGGAUAUGCGGGAGCUCAUGACGGCGGACAGCACCGAGACCUUCGCUCUGGCCUACUCGAACCUGCUGACCACCCGCCACACGGCCUUCACGCUGGAGGUCGUCAACAAGAUCCUGACCAGCUGCAGAUCUGACCUCACAAAGAAACAG